AUGAACGGCACAGGAGGCGGUGGCCGGCGGUUCAAGGACCGCCUCGCCUGGCUGCUCCGUCCCGCCAAUUCCUUUCUCCGUUCCUCGUGCAGCUCCUCCUCCUCCAACUCCAUCUCCACCUUCACAGCCAUAUCCACCUCCUCUGCCACCACCACAGCGACUGCGACUGCGCCUGUCCAGCCCUUCUCCUCCGCUCUCGGCCUCCUCCAACGCCCACAACCGGAGGAGAGCACGAAGACUCACCAGAAAAAAAGAGCCUGCUCCUCCUCCCGCCAUUGCCAUGCUCGCCGCCGUCAAUUCAAGAAUGCGGACGACGAGGUCACCAGGAAGCUCUCCACCAACCCCUUCGGCUUCACCACCACAGACGACGACAACGAAGAUACCGACGGCGACACGGAGACAUUCCUCUCCUCGAGAAGUCUCCUGUCCUCCGACUCCUCCGGCUUCUACUACACCUCCAGCAAUCUGCUGCCCAAGGACUGGGGCGGUCGCGACCACCACCGCCAGCGGCCGCAGCAAGCAAAGAGGCGUCGGCGGCGGAGGAGGAAGCGAGCGGCGAGCUGCGUGCAGUCAUCGUCGUGCGGCGUGAGGGACCAAGUUCGGGCGGGGUUCCGGCCGGUGGUAAUGGAGGAGGAGGAGCUGAGGAAGGGGCUGGCGGUGGUGAGGCGGUCGAGCGACCCCUACGGCGAUUUCCGGGAGUCGAUGGUGGAGAUGAUCGUCGAGCGGCAGGUGUUUGGCACGUCGGAGCUGGAGCAGCUGCUGCACACGUACCUAUCCCUCAACCCCGCGCGCCUCCACCCCGUCAUCCUCCAGGCCUUCUCCGACAUCUGGGUCGUCCUCCGCGGCUGCUAG